CGGAGGCGCAGGCGCAGAUUCCGCCGCUGCAGCUGAUUCUGGCGGAAGAAGGGCGCGCGGAGGGCGCAGUGUGCUUGGACGGGUCGGCUCCUGGGUUCUACUAUCGGAAGGGCUAUGGCUCGGGAGAAAACAACUGGGUGCUGUUCUUCGAGGGCGGAGCGUGGUGCGCGUCCCCCCACGCCUGCGCGCACAGGGCGCGCACGCACCGGGGAUCCACGGAGCACGCGCGCUCAGUGGCGGAGAUGCUGGAUAAGGAGAAGGGCGGCAUGAACGGCAUGCUCAGCUUCAAUAAGACUGUCAACCCUGCCUUCUACAACUGGAACGCCGUCUAUUUCAUCUACUGCGAUGGCGGCUCAUUUUCAGGCAACCAGGACGAGCCCAUUCACUUCAAUGGCAUUCCGCUGUACGUGCGCGGAAGGCGAGUAGCGGAGCUGCUGCUGAGGGUGCUAAUGGAGAAGAAGGGGCUUGACCGCGCGGACAGGGUGGUUGUGUCGGGGAGUUCAGCGGGAGGCGUGGCGGCGCUGCUGCACUGCGAUCGAGUGAGGGACACUCUCACAGCCGCCUCUCCUUCCAUGCACGUCCGCUGCCUUGCUGACGCUUCCAUGUUCCUUGACGUUCCUGAUGUCAACAACACUAGGAGGGUUGCCAACUUUUUUGCUCAAGUGAAGGACAUGCAUAAUCUGACCGCCAGCCUCCCAGCAGCGUGUGUCCAGGAGCGAGAGCCAGAGAACCACCAUCAGUGCUUCAUGGCCAACCAUAUUGUGCAGCACGUCACAACGCCUCUCUUCCUCAUCAACAGCAACUACGACAAAGUUGCGAUGAGGGCCAUUGCAACGCCGCAGUUGCUGGAUACGGGGAUCAUUUCGGAGGCAAACCUUCCCCCGGACUGCUUCAACCAUGUCAGCAAGUGCACUGAUGCCGAGAAGCGAGUCAUUGAGGAUUUCCGCAAGGGAGUGGCGUCAGCAGCGGCUCCUCUCCUCCACACCGACCCACCGUCAGCCACCUCUUCAUCACCAUCUUCACCGCACUCCACACCAGCCAACGCCGCCUUCCUCUUCUCCUGCUUCCAGCACGGCUCCAUCCACUCAGACAUGCCGUGGACUGUGCGCACGGCAAAGGGAGUG